AUGAGCAGCUUGUACACCCGAAGCGUGACACCCAGUGAAGCGAGUACGAAGGAUCAUAUGACCGAAUUGGAUAGCGAACGUCCGGUGGAAGACUACUCCCUGGGAUCUUUCGGGCGCCGAACGCUCGCAGAGCGGAACGAAGAAGGGACUAGCGCCUCUUACUCGGGACGUUAUGAUUCUCCCGAGACGGAUAACGAGUGGCUCGAGUCGCAGCGUCUCGCCGAGGCCGUAACGGAACGGUCUCCAAUACGGUUUCGGGUGCGCAACGCGAACUUGCUUCAAACGGCGCUGUCUCUGAAACCUGAGUCCGAGUCACAAACAGACAGGGUUGCUUUAGAUCCUCCCGCUUUCUCAGACGGACAAGAGAACACUCAUGCAGCUGAGCGCCCGAAGCAAAGCACAUACGCGCUUGGCAGCUGCGGUCGAGAUUUGGGCGGCCUUGCCGGGCGAAACUCGACGUCUGCAGACGAGCCCUCGUUGGACGAAGCGUCCGAUAAGACAAACAGGGAAGAUGAUCCGGACUCACUGCACUUGCAGGUCUCUGAUGGUUCCAACCCCCAGCCGCUUUUGUCGAAAAUGACGGUACUUUCGGAUGAAGAGCCACAGCCUCGACGUAUUACCAGCGAAGCGACGUCGCUCUCGAUAGCCGGCACAGCAGCUGAUGAACAUCGUGGCAUUGCACCACCUCUGAUGGGCUCAAAUUCCGUAGUUGCCAGUGCGGUAAUGUCGAAGUCGUCGACAGUUUCCACAUCAAGCACCCCCGUGAGCAGCAAUUCCAACAACCGGCUCUCGUCGCGGCGGACUCUUUCUUGUGGUGAAUGCGACAAUUCACGGGAACAGCACAGUGAACGUGUUCGAAACUCGGCAAAAUUGCAGGCGGAUUCCUCCGAUACGCCUGGAUCGAGGCACGCAGACCUCCUUUGCGAAGAAGACGAGAUUCUAUCAGCUGUUCAUGUAGAUUGCUCCUCCACAGCGAACGUUGCCUGGCGAACGCUAACUCAGGCGGAUGCUCAUCAGCGUACCGCGAAUGACGAUCCACACUUAGACGCAGAGAAUACGUCUCUCUCAACGAUAUUUCCGGAUAUACGCUCAGCAGAAGCAGUAGAAUCGCUGCGGCAACAAAUUCAAGAUCUAGAGGCUCAACGAGCUCGUCUGUUGAGUGAACUCGAUCUGAUGCGUCUGAACAUGGAACGUCGUUUCAGCGUAGUCGAGAGGGAAAUCGCGGAGACAAAACUGAGCAUUAUUCGUUCUCUUUCCUCCGAGGGACGCUCCGAAAGGUUAGAGGUUUCCGAGUCUGCCGUUUCAGAGUUCCCAGCCGCGACGCAGAUUGCGGUUCACGCGGAUGGGUCUCGAAUCGGGAUACCCCACGAAAAAUCCUGCGACGAUCAAAUUGCCGCCAAUUCUUCGAUGGAGCGUAACUGCAUUCGAGAGCACCUUCUAGAGAGUAAUUACUCGUUGACAGCAGCCCAAGUAUCGUCGCUGGCUCCAUCGAGGGUUUCUGAUGGAGCAAAAAACCUGCGCAUGACCAUUGUCCAAGAGCUGCAUAAGACGGAUAUAUAUGGAAACAUGCUCAAAGCGUGGCAGACUGUCUUCAAGCCGGCAGGAAAGCAUGUGGACUGGAACCUCUUUCGGAUCGCAGUAAUCAAGAUAUUGCGGAAUCACUGGUUGGCCGAUCGAAAGGUUAGCGACGCCGAAAAGCUCAUGACAACGUUCACUGAGCCUCCCGACGAAAUCAUUUAUGCCGUAUGGAAGGAUAUUGUCGGCGAACAAAUGGGUGCAACGAUGCAGUGGAAGCACUUUGUCGAUUUGUACGGAAGCAUGGGAGUAUGA